GCCUACACUUCCCAGGAUCCUUUGAGGCGAGGCAGCAGCUGUGCGCUCCGGCUUGCCCGCAGCAAAGUGAUGAUAACACGCCAAACAAGGUACAAUGAGAGCGCGUUGAGUUUUUUACAUUUCGCCUGCUUUCCUAUGCGAGUGAUGCCCAAAUCUGCGGAGUAGCACGAUGGCUGUCGAAGCUGUUCACUCUAACCUGAGCCAGAAUGGCAUCGACCACCAGCUGUGCCCGGAGGACUUGACGUCCCAGCUGGAGGAAGAGGAGGAGUCAGUGGACGGGGGGGCUGUUCUGCUGGAUGAUGACAGCCCAACCUACCAGGACAUCAGCCCCCCUAUGUACCAGCGCCGGUCACCUCCACAUCGGUCCGUCUCGGAGUCGGAGCUGUCACGGCCAGGAUACGUGAAGCUGUCCAAACCUGUGGCUCUGUGGACCCAACAGGACGUGUGUAAAUGGCUGAAGAAGCACUGUCCCAACCAGCACCAGAUCUACAGCGACUCCUUCAAACAGCACGACAUCACAGGGCGGGCUCUGAUGAGAUUGACAGACCGAAAGCUGGAGCGAAUGGGGAUCAUGCAGGAAGCCCAGAGGCAGCACAUCCUGCAGCAGGUCCUCCAGCUCCGCGUCCGGGAGGAAGUCAGGACCCUCCAACUCCUCACACAAGCUUCUCUGGAGUGCACUCCAUCUUCACCAUAGCCCGAUGGGGACACCCACCAACCUAGCUGACUUCCACCUAACAUGUGACUCCUAGACUUCUCUGUGAAACAACCAUCUCUCUACGUGUCACACCUUUGCUCUCUGUCCUCAUCCUCUCCGAAGAUUGAGCUGGAAAAAAAAAAAAACUCCUGCCUACUUCCCAGCCACUCCUGAGAAGCUCCCACAAGUUCUGACUUGCUGUUUCCUCGCAGUCCAAACAAUUCCUCACUGCUUCCUGGAAUAGGACCAAUAGUUUCCAUUACAGACGUCCCAUCUCUGCUCAUUUCUGACCUUUGCAGCCAAACCUCUACCAGAACUCUCACGCUAUGACUCCUACACUCCUCCCAGACAUCUCUACACUCCUCCUCCCUGUAGAGCCAAUAACUAAGAGCCAAGCCCCUCUUAAUGAUCCUCAACCAAGAAGUCGACACUUUCCUGAAAGAACACAGAGAUAAACUCUAUGGCUUUACCUCCUUACGAGACAGGAUGAUUUAUUCUUAAUUUAUACCACAACAAAUCAUCUUUAAUUACAGUGAAGUUGACCUUUUCAAUCUGUGGCUUGUGGACCAAAUCAGGCCGCUUAGCAACAUCUAUCGGUCCCUUUUGAAAAAAAUAUAAAUCACACAAAGAAAUUAAAAAUGUAUGUUCAAAUUUUGCACAGCCCUACAGAGCUAAUGUAAUGUAUUUAUUAGUCAAAUAAUUAAGUACUUAAGAUCAUACUUUACUUUUUGGCUAAUUGCCCAAUCUAAUGAUUUUAGUGGUUCUUAUCAAAGACAUGCAUUUUUGCUAUCAAGCAGAACUUAACUAUAAAAAAAAAACAUCUUGUCAGUUAAACAAAAAUCCAAAACUGUAAUUGCAUCGGCCUACAGUAAAUAGUAUCACAUAUAACCCACCUCCACAUCCAAACACAGUCUCUUGGUCCAUUCGUGGCAUGUAAGGUCCUCAUUGUAGCAUUAUAACCUGUGUUUUUUUUCCCCAUGGUGCACUGCUGAGCUUCCCUUCUAGAGACUUCAAGCAGUGGCUACAGAAAUAAUAUCCAUAAGAACAAUAUAAACAUCUACUUCCCUGUUCCCACAAUGCAAAGUAGUUGCAUAUUUUACAAAACCAGUCGUGUGUUUUUGUGCUCUCUCUCUCAUCCUGUAAACAGUAUUCGCCUGGUGAAGUAUCCAUACCUCCUCUCACUUCUUCAUAUUGUGGAUAUCUCUCUCUUAGGAGGUAGACAGUAAACCUGAAUGAACUUCACUGUGAAAACAACUAACAGUUAGUGUGGAAAUAAACAUUCAACCUGGCGUCACAUUAGGUAUGGUUAAGUUGGCUCCCGGCGAAAUGAACGCCGCCGCUGUGAAAAGCAAUCUGAGAGAGAUGAAGCAGAACCUGAGGAGAAGGAAAAAAACAAAAAGACGGGAUGAACUGCAUAAGGAAAUUCCCUUGGUGUCUCUAAACCGCCAUGCCAGUAGGUAAACUGAAACAAAAGACAAAGGGAGUGGCAAGGAGAAAAAAAGAGAAGGAGCAGGAAAAGCAACAAGGGCUCUGAGAUGCUUUCGACUUGAAACUCUUUACAGCUAAUGAGGGGAAAGAAGAUGAAGAAAAGACAUCACAUAUAACAAAAGAAGAGCCUUUUUUCAUUUCCCUGUCCUCGCCGUCUCUUUAUUGCUUCGUCUGCUCUCCAUCUCACUGCUUUGAGACUAUUUUUAGAUGAGAAAUAUUGAAAGUAGUGUAGGAAGGAGAUGAGCAAAACAGCUUGUGAUGAAAAUGUUGUCUGUCGGUGUAUUAGGGAGAAACACUGUAAUCUAUUUAUCUCUGUUAAUGUGAAUAAUGGCCAUUCACUGUUGAUAUUUUCUGUAUUUUAACUGCACUUAAAAGCACAUGUGUCAGUCAGGAAACAAAACAUCUGUUCCUCAUCUAUGCCACUUUGUCUAUAAGUGUAAAUACAUGAUAGUCGCCAGGAUAAUGACCCUCUUAUCAUUAUCAGAAGCUGGUUUUAAUGUAUCAGAGUGAUAUUCAUCAAAAGCUCAGAUGUAGCAUGAGCUGUUGUCAUGGUAACAACAUCUUUCCUCUUUGGACGGGUGCUGUCAAUCAAAGGGGCGUAAAAUAGCUGGAGCAUUUUGGGGGAAAACGGGGUCAAUGUUGACCCCCUGACAGCCAUUGAUUUUUAAUGGGAUUCCAUUUGUACACGGGGUCCCUGUGUGUCCAGCCAUGCAUUGUUUGGAUAGCGGCUGUAGCCUGUAAUGCAGCAAGGACCAACGUGCAGAUUGAAUAGUAUUGAUCAGGACAUACAGUCAGUCCACCAGGAUUACUAAAGGCCUCCAGGAGUGUGUGUGUGUGUGUGUGUGUGUGUGUGUGUGUGUGUGUGUGUGUGUGUGUGUGUGUGUGUGUGUGUGUGUGUGUGUGUGUGUGUGUGUGUGUGUGUGUGUGUGUGUGUGUGUGCUGACAGUCACAUAGGAAUGGAGUUGUUCGGGCUAAAACACAAGUGGCUAUUUCACGGUCGGGUGGAGAUGCUGUGUCCAUGUCUGUCAAGGCCACAGGAGGAAGAAGAGGGGGGGGAUGAAGCUUCCGUUAAGUUGGGAAUUUCUCCAUUCUUCCGUUUCAAAUUGGAAACUGUCAAUAUGUAAACUGGGAGGAAUGGUUUUCAGUGGUUGGGGACUGGUGAGUUAGAGAUCUGGAAUCAGUCAUGCAAACAUCUCAUAGCUGGAGAACCUAAAAGUAGAACAUCGCUCUUUUUGUCAAUAUAAUGAAUUAAUAUGGAUAAAAAGAAUACAUUUUUUACUGGUAUGGAUCAACCUCUCUCUGCUUAAAAAUAAAGAUUUAAAUGGCUUGAUCCAUCAUUGAAAAACGCCCUCAUGACUGAAAAUGGCUGAGGUAUAUCUCAGCACAUCUUUGUCUGUCAUUCAUUAUGUACAGAUCAUAAAUACACCACUAGUCCCCACCUCUAAAUCGCCACCAAACCCAGAGGGCUCACCUGCAGCUUGAGUCAACUUACCAGAAUUGAAAUGUAUUUUUUUGUAUUGCUCUAUUUAGUGAAUCAUAUAAUGGGAUUGACAAUGUGAUGAAUACAUUGAUAUCGUGUUGCUAACUAAGAAAGAACUUGUUCCUGAUUACCAGCACCAACAUGUUAAAGUGAAAGUAAACCUUAAACUGUAAAAUUAUAAUAUGUAGCUACACCUGGCUCCUCUAACACCCUUUGUUUUACAGAAUUACCACUCAGCAAGUUGGUCCUUUGUAUGUCAUAUGAAACAUGCUGUCCAAAUUGUUGUCUUAAGGCUAUCUGCUUAUGUCAGCCCUGACAAAAGGCUUAAAAAGGCUUAAUCUUGUAGCAUAAUGAAUAACACCACAUAGACAUACCAAAAUAACUGAUUAUUUCUAACUAAUUUAACCUCAUAUUGACAUUACAAAGGACAUCUGACAUAUUUGGAAGUGGUUUUGUCUUUAACGGUUAGGAAAUUGGUUCCACUUUCAUAUCCAUAAAGCAAGAUGCUAGCUCAGUUUAGCUAAGUUUCAAAAGUGACAAAAACCUGCACCUUAAGAACUCUCUAAUGAUUUAAACCUUUUAUUCUACUUUUUUUUAUUGUGUUUGUUUGUUUCUGUUGGUCAAAUAUGUCUGACUAAAUCUUAACAAAAGAAAAAAAAUGUAGCUUGAAAAAUGCUGAGUCACUUUAUUUUCAGAAGUAAGAUGCUAACAUGAGUUAACAAAAAGUUUUGUACAGCAGUCAGUUUGCUUAGCCAAGCUUAACGCCAAGCUAUCUCCUAAGUUGAGAAAAUCUUCCUACCUGUUAAUUAGAAGCGGUUUAUUCCAUCCUGAAGUUGGGUGACAAAUUACUUUAUCAAAUAUAUUAAGCUAAUUGGAGCAAGAUGGCUGGACAAUGACUUUUCUAAUAUGCUAGGCUAAGUUAAAAAGCUGCUUAAUGUGGCUUUAGAUUUAGAAGAUAGGGAUGCAACGAUCCUACUUUUUAGGUCCUGAUACCGAUAUCGAUACCGAUACCUGGACUUUGGUAUCUGAUACUAGCCGAUCCAAUCCUGGCGGUCAGAAAUAUAACUUUGGCACCCCGCCCCAGUAUCAUUUGUGUGCGGGAAACACAUUAAAAUUAGAAUCAUGACACAAAAUAAUGCAAAUAAACAUGUUCAGGUAGGCUUGUGGUUCAAGCAGAGCAGUGUCAGAAACAUUUUUUACGUGAUGGUGAACUAUACCUGGGUUCCAAGUGCUAAAGCAGAGGGUGGAAUCCCUUUAUUUCAAGGAUCCAGAACAAUUAAAUCCAAUAACCUGUCAGUGUUUUCACACUUUGAAUCCAUUAAUAGAAGGUUUCUUGCUUCUUUGCAGUAGGCUACAGCUGACAUAAACUUCUACCUUUGGGCUUCCAUUAUAUUUUUCAGCGCGACUGCCAUCCGUCGAAACAUAACCGCUGCACAUGUUGCAAGUUUCCUGCAGAAUUGUUAGGAAAAGAAGCAUGCACCUAAACUGUAGAGCAUCUGUAGUUAUCCUCCAUCAUGCUCCACCGGGCAAGAAUACACAGACCAUCUGGCGCUGAUGACGUAGGAGACGCAAAUGGCUGUUGUAAACACAGAAAAGCAUAGAACUGAGACGAAUAGAUCGCCGUAUGGAUCAACACUAUGCAUCCUCACUGGUAUCCAAUCUAGCUUUUUGAGUCCGAUCUGGCCGAUAUCCGAUACCAGGAUCGUAUCGGUGCAUCCCUAUUAUAAGACAAACAAAACAGAGAUAAAGAUUGUCUUAUGUAACUCUUGGCAAUGAAAAAUAAGCUUAUUCUCCCAAAAAUGUUAAAGUACUUAGAAAUGUAAAGUGAGAGCUGCUGGCUGUGAUCAGACACAUUGACAUUUGUUAAGAGGAAGCUGGCAAAACCAAUGUCCAUUCAUCCCCUGAUCUAAUCUGCUGGGGAAACACACCAGGCUGACUGCUUGUGAUCUUCCUGUAUAAGAACCACUUGCAUUGAGUUUCAUCAUGUUUUGGAUAUUGGCCCUGUAAAGAAAGAAAGCACUGUGUCUGUUUUCCACCCUCAACGGAUUAUUGAAAGCUUUUGUAUCAGAGUGAAGUCUUUUCCUCUCUUUGAAAUUAAUUUUCAGAACUUUCAUGCCAACUGUCUCAACUUUAAAAUAAGACCUAAACUUACUUACAGCCUCUCCACUUCACAACAAAUGUAGCAGUGUGUUUUAGUGAUACGUAUGCCAGGUUGUAGCACUAUAAUAACCCUGGAUGUAGGCAGUAAAAUACUGGUUCUUUAUUGCUACUCUCCAGAGUGUUUGAAGGGAGGAAUAUAUUUUCCUCUAGAGGCAUGAGGGAAAGUUUCCACUGUGUUUUGGCUCUGAUAUCCAGGUACAACCAGCUUUAGAUCUGGCAAAUGUGCCAAAAUGUCCGAGGACUUGCCUGAACUGGCUCAGCUUGUAGUCUCUCGGCACCUGAGAGAGGUUUGGCACGUACUCACAGACGCUGAUCAACGGUGCACUGUUACACAAGAGAACGCCAGACUAAACCUCACAUGAUAUUGCACAAGAACUUUCACACAUGCUGGCACACACCUAAAAUGCACACAAACUCAGACUUUGUGUGUAAAUACACAUCAACAAGCACAGGAAGCAUCAUUCUCAACAGAUAAGCAGUACACAGUCACACCGGCUGGCACGCUUUACGACAGUUGUGCAUAAACGAUUGCCGAAGUAAACAUUGAGGCGACACUUCAGUCACAAUCCAAACAUUUGACACAUAGAAAAAGUUUCUCUGCCGUGUUGACAGCAUGUUUUGACGGGUGUUUUUGUAACCAACAGGCAUGAUCAAGUCUCUAUCCCCAAGCUAUCUACUUAUAAGGUGCCUAAUGAUGGAUAUUAAUGAUGAUAUUGAUACCAUGAUGAGUAUAUAUAAUAAACAGAUUAAACUUCA